GGAAGAAGGAAGAGCCCCAGCCCCAAGGUUGAAAUCCAGGCCUGGCGGACACUUCUCUAUCUUCGCAGCUCAGAAACACGCCUACUUUCACUGCAUAAUACAAACAUGGUGGAUCAGAACAGCCCUCCUCGCGUUUGGCGGCCGAAGCACGUGGCGCCCUCUCCACGCAGGUGACGCCGGGGCAAGGGCAGGGCCUUUGCGGAAUUUGCUCUUGGUGGGGGAAGAGGACCGGAGAACUUUCCCAAACCGCGACACCACGGUUCCUUCGACACACGCUGGCAGGACUACCGCUGCCACUUUACUUUCUCCCCGAGAGGGCAGAAAGCCAGUCGCUGUGCUGCGCAGCACCCUUAGUGGUUGCCGCCGGCGGAGACGGUUGGAAGAACCGUUGUGGGGAGCGCUACACGAGACAAGCGACUUCUCCCUCCUCCCGACCGGACCCCGUGAGCACCGGCGUCGGGGCUACUGUCGCCCGACAGGGUAUCUGAAGUAAAAGGGGCAUUUAAAUCAAACGGUAUUGAGAUGGAUUGGGUUAUGAAACAUAAUGGUCCAAAUGACGCUAGUGAUGGGACAGUACGACUUCGUGGACUGCCAUUUGGUUGCAGCAAAGAGGAAAUAGUUCAGUUCUUUCAAGGGUUGGAAAUCGUGCCAAAUGGGAUAACAUUGACGAUGGACUACCAGGGGAGAAGCACAGGGGAGGCCUUCGUGCAGUUUGCUUCAAAGGAGAUAGCAGAAAAUGCUCUGGGGAAACACAAGGAAAGAAUAGGGCACAGGUAUAUUGAGAUCUUCAGAAGUAGCAGGAGUGAAAUCAAAGGAUUUUAUGAUCCACCAAGAAGAUUGCUGGGCCAGCGACCGGGACCAUAUGAUAGACCAAUAGGAGGAAGAGGGGGUUAUUAUGGAGCUGGGCGUGGAAGUAUGUAUGACAGAAUGCGACGAGGAGGUGAUGGAUAUGAUGGUGGUUAUGGAGGUUUUGAUGACUAUGGUGGCUAUAAUAAUUAUGGCUAUGGAAAUGAUGGCUUUGAUGACAGAAUGAGAGAUGGAAGAGGUAUGGGAGGACAUGGCUAUGGUGGAGCCGGUGAUGCAAGUUCAGGUUUCCAUGGUGGUCAUUUUGUACAUAUGAGAGGAUUGCCUUUUCGUGCAACUGAAAAUGACAUUGCUAAUUUCUUCUCACCACUAAAUCCAAUACGAGUGCAUAUUGAUAUUGGAGCUGAUGGCAGAGCAACAGGAGAAGCAGAUGUAGAAUUUGUGACACAUGAAGAUGCAGUAGCUGCCAUGUCUAAAGAUAAGAAUAACAUGCAACAUCGAUACAUUGAACUCUUCUUGAAUUCUACUCCUGGAGGUGGCUCUGGAAUGGGAGGUUCUGGAAUGGGAGGCUACGGCAGAGAUGGAAUGGAUAAUCAAGGAGGUUAUGGCUCUGUUGGAAGAAUGGGAAUGGGGAACAAUUACAGUGGAGGCUAUGGUACUCCUGACGGUUUGGGUGGUUAUGGCCGCGGUGGUGGUGGCAGUGGAGGUUACUAUGGGCAAGGUGGCAUGAGUGGAGGUGGAUGGCGUGGGAUGUACUAAAGCAUAACCACCAACAUAAAAGUCCUGACAACAGCAUCUGGUCUACUAGACUUUCUUACAGAUUUAAUUUCUUUUGUAUUUUAAGAACUUUAUAAUGACUGAAGGAAUGUGUUUUCAAAAUAUUAUUUGGUAAAGCAACAGAUUGUGAUGGGAAAAUCUGUUUUCUGUAGGUUUUAUUUGUUGCAUACUUUGACUUAAAAAUAAAUUUUUAUAUUCAAACCACUGAUGUUGAUACUUUUUAUAUAUACUAGUUACUCCUAAGGAUGUGCUGCUUUCAUAAGAUUUGGGUUGAUGUAUUUUACUAUUAGCUCUACAAGAAGUAGUAUAGUGUAAUUUUAGAGGACAGUGGUUCACUUCUGCAAAAACUACAAGUCUUAAUAAGCAGACAUCUGGAAUAGAACUUGGAAAAUAUUAGUGUAACUUUUUUCUUUAAUUUCUGCUGGACGAUACUGUAAAUAUAAAACGUAAAGAUGAGUUUAGGUGGCUUCAGGAGUAUAAAUUCAGCUAAUUCUAUAUUAGUCCUCCUUUUUCAAAUGUCAUUUAUCAGGCAUAGCUCUGAAAUGAUGAUCCUAAGAAGUAUCUGAAUUUCUGAAUAUUCCUAAUUGUGUUACCUGGGGAUGGGAGUGUUGGAGAUUGAAAUUCUAGUCCUAGAUUUUAGAAUAAAAUCCCCUCAGCACUUGACUGAAGUACCAAAAAAAUUAUUCCAAAAAGUGAUAGUUGUAAGUUAUCUCAAAAUGUCUUAGACUAGGUUAAGGUUCUCAGUGACAUGAGAAUUCAAUACAAGUACAGAGGUAUUUACUGUGGAGUAUAAUUCUCACAGGUGUUUUUCAGUUUCCUGCCCAAUAGUUAAAGCAUAUGGUUUUUUAUAACUGUAUAAAUGACUACUUUAAAAAAAAUGUAAGAAGUCCAUGUCAUAGUCUUAAUUAAAAUGAGAGUCCUGCAGUUGGAUUUUGCAUCUGGUAUCUGUUUGGAGUUUUAAAGCCAUUGUGUUAAAACAAAAAAAUACUAUAUGUAGCAAGGAAAAGGUGCUUUUUACUUUUAAUCCCUUUGAUCAAUAUGGCUUUUUCCAAAAUUGGCUAAUGGAUCAAAAUGAAACCUGUCAAUGUGAAUUCAGUUAUUGAACCUGUUACUUGUUUUUGCUAGAAAUGUUAAUGUAAUAAAUAUCAAUGUGGGAGAUAAUA